AUGGAAAAUUCGGAGUGCAAGACCCGACGAAGACCUCUCUUGCCUGCAUUUACACGGCAAGCCAAUAAAGCACAAGCAUGCGCGUCGAAGUGGCGAAUUUGCCUUACCUCCAGACUGUGUACCUUGAUGUCAGUUACCUCCACGCGAUCGUCUUUUAGGCAGGUGUACGAGGUGGCCGCGGCUGGCAACGGUUGGACGGUCUUGUUGUGCAAGACCAAGUCUGUCGUCGACGGCGUCCCGCCCCCGCAAAAAUAA